AUGGCUGGGUUUCUGGAGGGAUGUCUUCCCGCCUUCUCACUGCAGGGCAAAUAUUGUCUCGUGCAGUAUGCAGGCGAGCGGAAAUGGCACGAGAGGUACAUCCUCUCGACGACGACGCCGAGCAGCGACCUCAGGUCGAUUGGGUACUGCGUCGUCGCAACUCCAGACGGUGACAUCUACGGGGAAUCGCUUGCUGCUCCAAACGUCCAGGGACUCGCUAUCCUGACAGAUGACCGUGCUGCGCCUCCCGGCCUUGCCAGGCGGAACAUCUACAGAUUCGAGGACGGCAACAUUGGCCACGCUCCGGAUGCCACAGAGGUGACCCACAUGCGUGGGGCCGCUCUGCAAGAACAGGCCGACCUUCAGAAGGAGAUCAAUGACCAUGGUGUUGCAGCUGCCGCGCCUCCUGUCGUUGCCUCCACGUCUGCCCCAACAGCGCCAACUGCCCCUACUGGGCCAGUGCUUGCUCCUGCUGCAGGGUUCGUUUGGGUUGUCGCCGCCACGGAGGGAGUCAGGGCUCGAGGGAGUCUCGUUCCUUUGAAUCAGGUUGUUGGUGGAUAUCAGGCUGGUACGAAAGGAGUUGCCGGUCUGGCCGAUGGAUCGGUGAUCUUUGCAGAGCUGAUUCCUGCCCAUGAGCUCCAGGCCUACGCGACUGCUUUGACCACACCGUCCACUGCGGCUGUUGUUCCUCCUCCCGGCGGUGGUGCCAUUGGCGUUGGGAUGGCAGACGAUGCUCGCACUCUUGCUGUCCGCUAUGGCACCGAUGGAAAACGCAGGCGGGAGGUUCGAGAUGGAGUCGAGUUGGCCAGUGAGUCUCCCUGGGGGGAUUGGCCAAUCAAGGGGCCGCGCACGGCCAAGUGGGUUGGACAGUACUUCGUCACCAACGGCGGCGGCCCGCUGACAAUGCACAACACCUGGAAGGUCAAUUGCAAGCUCCAGCCCUCCGACAACGGUGUCUUGGAGCACGAGGCCCUCUGCAAGAUGCUCGAGCUCGCCAUUGAGUAUGACCAGCUGAACAUUGGUGAGCUUGCAAGCAUUGAACUCGCAUGCCGGCGGCUUCAGAUGAUCCAGUACCGCUGGCGUGAGAGGAUUCUCGGUUCAGUCUCCAGCGGCACAGUUGAUGAUGAAUCUCACUUCUUUCUGGGUGUGGAUCCGACACGGGGCAAUCUGUGCAUCUGUCCCGCACUCAACAGCUGGUUGGGAGAAGAGUUGCACGAGGAAAGCCAGGCCAACAAGGAGCAGCGCAAAGCUCGCGAGGCGCAGUUUUGUUCGAUGACUGGAGCUGUUCGGCAGAGAGAUCUCCUCCCUCUUCGUCUUCCUUGUGGGGAGGCUGGUCUUUUGAAGAGCAACCUCAGCCGUGGCACACGCCAAAGAAUUCGCCGGAGACUUGGAGCUGAGGCCUGGUUUCGCGAAGGUGUCGAGACCCUCAAUCAUCUUUAUGGGAAACCUGGUGACGCAUCGUGCCCCGCUCCAAUGGCUGGCCAGGCCGCAUCUCUCGCUCGCCUCGAGCGCAUGUACAAGGCGGUUGGGCCUCCACCUCAGUCUCGUCCCGAAGAAGCCCUUGAGGCGCUUCUCGGUGGUAUGACCCUGUACUCUCAGGAUACCGAUUGCACUAUUGCCAGAUUCGACGAGACAUUGGUCUCUUGGCCGAGUCCUGGGAGCUGCCCCGUCAAUGUGGCAGAGCGGUUGGACCCGGCAACUUCGCAUUUGUUGUCUCUGGCAGGCAUGCCGGCACUUCUUGCCGAAGAGGGCUCCGCUCCCGAAGAGGAGGUGGUCAAGCCUUACAUCGAUCCUGCACUUGCCAGUUCCCCUACCUCUUUGGGGAGGUUUUACGGUAGGCUGCACCAGUCUCACAUGCUUACCUUUGUCAGUGGACGGCACGCGCACACCGUGGGCGUGUUCUUUGUGCACAAGAAGAGCGGGAAACUCAGGCUCAUCCUUGACACGCGGGCUGCUAAUCGUGCUUUUCGCAAGCCGAUGCCGACCAGGCUGCCUACGCCUGCCGCCUGGAGUAGCAUCGAGGUUGACUCAGAAGACACUUUGUACACCGCAGCGGGGGAUGUUGCUGAUGCAUUUCAUAGGAUGGCUCUUCCUGUUCAUCUUCGUCGGUUCUUCAGGCUCCCUGCCAUCAAGUGCAAGUUUGUUGACCGAAAGCUUUGGCCUGCAGGCUGCAAUGGAGAGGACUACAUUACCCCAGAGUACGCGACUUUGCCUAUGGGCUGGUCUUGGUCACUGUUCUUCUGCCAGCAUGUGCUCCAAUCAGCUGCCGCCCAGGCCGGCCUACAGGAGACGGACUGCAUUGAGGACCGGUCGUGGAUUGGUCAGGUUUCUGAAGGCAGGGCUAUUCACGCUGAGUAUGUCGACAAUUUCUUCGUCUGUGGUACUGACCGUGAGUUUGUGCAACAAUCGCUUGACUGCAUGAAGGGCGUCCUUGAGUUGUGGGGUUUUGCCAUUCACGAGGUUACCGAUGCACAGCCCAUUGUCGAGGGCCUGGGGCUUAGAUUUGACGGAGCUGAGAAGCGGGUUAUGUUGACCAGCCACCGCGUUUGGAAGCUUCGCCUUUCAGCUAUAGCUCUUGGACGGCUACGAGGCCCUCCGCCUCCGAAGUGGAUUGAGAAGAUCGUUGGGCACUUCACUUUUGCCAUGAUGGUCAGAAGAGAGGCCCUGUCGAUCUUUAGCUCAGUCUACAAGUACAUACGUGCAUCGCAGCCAGGUCUUGACCUUUGGCAUCGGGCCCGCGAUGAGAUUUUGCAGGCCUCAGCUUUGCUACCGUUGCUGAGCACCUCAUGGGCCCUACCCUGGGAUGCCACAAUCAGUGCUACGGAUAGUUCUGAAGUUGGUUACGGGGUUUGUGAGCGCAGCUUGGCACCAGCCGUUGUCGCUGAUUGCGGAAGGUCCUGUGAACAAUGGCGCUACUCCGUAGAAGGUGCCAUCAAGGCGCGGGCCAACGCUCUGGGCUUAAAGCCAGAGGAGCACCUCCCUGCCGACCUUCAGCAGGAGUGUGCUCGUGUCUGCAGUUCGGAGUUCAAGGAGAUCCCCGCUGGCGUGCUCUCCUUUGAGGCUUGGCACACCGUUUUCAGCGGAGCUUGGGAUUUUAACGAGAACAUUUUGCGCACUGAGGGGCGCGCAAUGAUCAGUGGUAUUCGCCACAAGUUGCGGGCCUUGCAGAGCCAGCAGAGGAGACAUCUUGUUCUUGUUGAUAACUUGUCUCUCGCUUUGGGAACUGCGCUGAUAAGCCAUCCCGUCAGCCCUUCUCCAGCUUGCAUCCGCAAUGCGCUGUUGACGAAGCGGCGCCCACUCAUGGAGGUCCGGGUGUUGCGCCCUCCAGCUGCGAAGCCUCAGCUUCGGCCGUGCAAGAUUCGGCGGGUCGACCCUGCGGCGCCGGAUGUACCAGCCAUCCUGGCAGGAGCGACAUCUGCACUCGAGAUGGGGAAGCUUCGGCGUACUACGACACAGGACCGCUACACCAAAGUCCUCCUGGCCUUUUACCAGUGGGUGCAGUUCUACCAGAGCCUGACCUCGGACUGGGACGCCCUCCUGACCGGUUACCUGAACGAGCUCUUCGUGUUGAACCAAAACGUCAGCGCCGCGGAGUACGUUUUCGCCGCGUUCAAGUUCAAGCACCCCCAGUUCGGCAGGCAUGGGUCUCUGACGCUACCACGGGCCACUCAAGCCCUCGAAGGAUUCAGAAAUCUGGCUCCGCCCCAAACGAGGCUGCCUACACCUUGGAUCGCUUUCAUCGCCAUCGUGGGCUUGCUUUUGGCGCGCGGGGAAGUGCUGAUGGCAAUCGCCCUCCUCAUUCAGUGGGAUCUUCUUUUGCGGCCAGGAGAACUGAUUGGACUUCAACCGCAGCAUAUGGUCCCGCCAAUGCCGACGGCCAACAUGCCGUCCUGGGGGGUGGUACUGGCCCCAUCCGAAGAAAGCAACACGCCCAGCAAAGCCAAUGUCUUCGACGAGAGUGUGACCCUCAGCCAACAAGUGGAGUUCGUCUUGCCCGCUCUCGAGGCGCUAGUGGCCACACGAGCCAAGUUCGCCCCCCUGUUUCCCUUCACCGGAGUGCAGCUCGGACGCAAGUUCAAAGAGGCCGCAGACUACCUGAACCUCCACGAGCUCAGCCUGACUCUGCAUGGAAACAGACAUGGCGGCGCAAGCGAUCUUCGUCUGCGAGGAACUCCGCUGAAAGAAAUCAAGAAGAGAGGGCGAUGGGCUGCAGACUCCAGUCUCCGCAGGUACGAGAAGGCAACUCUGGCCCAACAGCAGAUCCACAAAGUACCUGUGGCCACCCGCCUGUACGGUGCCUUCGUGGAGCAGCAGUUGCCUCGCAGUGCCCGACUGCUACAACUCGCAGUGACGUGCCCGAGCGGAUCAAGCUUGGAUCAGCUGAGUCUGCUUUUCAAGCCCCUGCCAGCACACUAA